AUGCGCGAUGGAACUCAGACGUUCAUUAAAGAACAGUACACUGGAGUCAUCGGCAUGAAAUGGACCCAGCCUGGAUCCACGCUUCCUUCUCCUUCCGCGGCGCCGGGUAGCAUCGGGUAUUCCGGUGGGGUGUGGUGA